AUGCGCUUCGCUCUUGCUGUUGCCCUCACCGCCACCCCUCUGGUCCUUGCCAGUUCUGGCGGCUCUGUCAAGCAGCGUUCGGAAGCCGCUGCUUCAGCCCGGACCUGCACUCCACCUUACAACUACUGUGGAUGGUACCUGAUCGCCCAAGAUCCUGCUGGCUGGGGCGGCGUGCUUGACCCCAAUGCCUUGUACCAGUGCGUGAACGGUGGAGUCAACAUUCUCAGCACCUGCGCCAACGGUUGUGAAGGCCCGACGGCUCAUUGCAAGUAG